GAGGUAGGGAGUCUGACUUAUUUAUUUCUAUAUCCUCAGAUCCCAGCAACAGCUUCACUGCCCAGGCUGUCCCUUGCCCUCUCUACCCCUUCACUAUGGCAGGCCCAGUUGCAGCUGUAGCCACUAGCAGGGUUGACCCUGGUCCUGGUACAGCCCCCAGGGCUGCUUGCAGCUCUGGCCAGGCAGGUGCCGUGCCUGACUAAGCAGAAACCCCUGGUGAGGCUCUUUAUUGAGGAGGAGCCGGCCCACUACGGAGAGAAGAAAAACAUCCCAUCUACAUGACAGUGAAGGGAGUGGUGUCUUAUGUCACCUCCAGAAAGGAAUUUUAUGGAAGAAGGGGCCCCCUAUAAUGCAUUGACCAGGGAAGUCCACCAGAGGGAUAGCCAAGAUGUCCCUGGGUCCUCCAGACCUCACCCAUGAAACUCUGGGUCUCAUGGCCAAAGAGCUGGAAUCCCUGGAUGAUAUCUUCACCAAAGUGUACAAAACCAAAUAUCCCAUGGUUAGCUACACAGUCUGAAGAAUUCUUAAUAGGGACAGCACCCCAGCCUGGACUUCAAACCUGAAGACCAACCCCAUUUUGACAUAAACAAUGUGUUCUGUUGUUUCAUCUCCAAGAGCAGCUUCUUUGGAGGGUAGGUCAGGGAGAUACUCAGAUGCUAAAUCUUCUGCAAAAUAGGCUACCUAAAGCCUCUGAAUCACCAGGAUCUGAAUAAAGUAGAUGUUUAACCUGGUUGGGGGGACAUAUUUUCAAGAACUGGAUGUAUUCAAGUAAAAGCUUGACACCUAGUAAGGAGGCUAUAGGAUUCUUGUCUGAAGAGGUGAUCCAGCAAGAUGACCUCAAAAUUCUAAGUACCCUGAAUGUCAGACCCAGCUGCUUUUGAGUCCCGCCUGGAGAAACGCAGUGAAUUUCGGAAGCAGCCAGUGGGGCAUUCCAGGCAAGGUGAUUUUAUCAAAUGUGUGGAACAGAAGACAAAUGCCUUGGGGAAACAGUCUGUGAACAGAGGAUUCACUAAGGACAAGACUCUCAGUUCAAUCUUUAACAUUGAGAUGGUAAAAGAAAAAACUGCAGAAGAAAUAAAACAGAUUUGGCAGCAAUAUUUUGCAGCAAAAGAUACAGUCUACGCAGUUAUUCCUGCAGAAAAGUUUGAUUUGAUCUGGAACCGGGCUCAGUCCUGUCCAACAUUUCUAUGUGCUCUGCCAAGAAGGGAAGGUUAUGAGUUUUUUGUAGGACAAUGGACAGGUACUGAACUCCACUUCACUGCACUUAUAAAUAUUCAGACCCGAGGGGAAGCUGCAGCCAGCCAGCUGAUUUUAUAUCACUAUCCUGAACUUAAGGAAGAAAAGGGCAUAGUGCUGAUGACUGCAGAAAUGGAUUCCACAUUUCUGAAUGUUGCUGAGGCACAGUGCAUCGCCAACCAAGUUCAGCUCUUCUACGCUACUGAUCGGAAAGAGACCUACGGGUUAGUGGAGACCUUUAACCUCAGACCAAAUGAGUUCAAAUAUAUGUCUGUCAUCGCUGAAUUGGAGCAAAGCGGACUUGGAGCAGAACUGAAAUGUGCCCAGAACCAAAAUAAGACUUAGAACUGUACAGGUUGGCCCUUCACCUAGUUGACUCAGCCCUCGAUAGUCUAGAGCCCACCCCCUCCUCAGGAACUCAAGAGCUCAGCAUUUAUAAUGAGCAGUUGGUAAUGAGUUGCCCUAUGUGCUUGUCGCAAGCAGUCACAGAGAUGAGCCCUAUUACUUGAUAUUCAGGAACAAAGGUACCUGAACAUUCUGAUAAUUAUCUCAGCAUACUUGAGGUUUCCUUUUUUAAGUGUUCGAGGUUAUAACAAGAGACAGCCAAGGACCUACAAGACAGUUGACUUGAUUUUGCACAGUGUAACAGCACAGUUGCAUUCUGGCCACUUUGACCUUAUAGCUCCCAAAUGAUGAGUUUGUCAUCUUUAUGAACUCAUGACAGGAUAAUAAGCUUGAAGACCUGCUGUAGUUAGAUAUGGGCUUUAAUGCUUCCCAUGCACCAGUCAGCUGAACAAAAGCAUAAGCCAAACAUCCUGUUUAAACUGUAGAAUAACCAGAUAUUCCCAUCAGGUUAAAGACUUCAUCUAGAUGAUGCCCCCCAGAGAUGCCUUUAGUGUAAGUAGCUGGCUUGGGGUAUCAGCAAAUUUCAGGUAUAGUUAGAUAAACAGGUACAGGGCCUGCAUACUAUUAAACCAUAGUUUGUGGCACCCGCUUUUCUAACUCCACCUGUUAGAAGCUAUGUGUUUGAAGGAAUGAAUCAGUGCAGUAUAAAUAAAAUUCUUUUGUAAGGAGAAGAUUAA